AAGCUGCUUAUACUCAUUGAUUUUUGACAAGAUGAAAUCCCUAGCCAUAACCAACGAGAAAUUCUUCUUCUCAUGAACCAGAAGAUUUCGAAAAUACCAAAGGGACCAAAUGAUGUACGAGAAGGAAGUACUCCAUCCCUCAAAACCAGAAAAUUUAGAUUGAUUAAAAUGAGCAAAGAGCCAGUCAUCAAAAUCAAGAUCGUGAAAAAGAUUGUUAAUAGGAUGAGGAGUAAGGAGACUCCACAACAAUUUGGCAAGGAAACCCUCCCUAAAGAUAUGAUUGAGAGUUUCAGGAGCCUGGUGACAUCUGGGACAAGUAUUAGACUCCACAAUACCCCAGUUGAAAAGAGUGUCAUAAGUAAGCUAUCUGCCAUGCUUCAACAGCCAUAUAAAAUUCUGAAUUCUAGUAAUGGUAUCCAUAUCCCAAAUCCAGGACCAAGAACACUUGCUGUAAAAAGGCAGAAUGAGAGAUUGAGAUUGUUACUGCAAGAGCAAAGAAAGCAACAGGUUGGAAUAAUGAUGAAGAAAAUAGAAUCCAAGGCUUCUGCUCUUUUGAGACAAAAGGAUGAAGAGAUUGCGAGAGCUGUCAACAAAACAAUGGAGCUGGAGAAUCUCUUGAAGAAACUGGAGAUGGAGAAUCAGGCAUGGCAGAGGGUUGCGCAGGAGAACAAAGCCAUGGUUCUUUCUCUCAACAGCACUCUGGAACAGUUGAGGGAAAAUGCUUCCCAUUGCUGUAAGAAUGUGGCAGAGGACGCAGAAUCCUGCUACGAAGAUAACAGAGAAGAGGUAAAAACAGAAGAAGAGGGACAGGGAAGAAGAAAUACGACACCCACAACAACAAUGGUUUGCAAAUGCUGCAAUACACGGAGUUCAUGCGUAUUGCUUCUCCCGUGUAGACACCUAUGUUCGUGCAAAGAUUGUGAGGCGUUGCUUGAUUCAUGCCCUGUUUGUAAAACAGGGAAGAAAGCCAGCAUAGAGGCAUUGAUUUUCAGGGGAGAAGAGUUAUCCGGGAAAAUUGAAGGGAAUAGUCAAAACCGGAAAAGGAAAUCUGAUGAUCUUGAUUAUGGUGCAUGGGAUGAACUGCAACAGAACCUUUGUGUAUGGUAAAAGCAUCAUUUUUUUUUUGCUGUUGUUUGCUUUUUAGGUUGCCUUGGCCUUAGAUGCAAAAUGAACAGGGGAAUUACAGGGCAGAGCAUCUUUUUCUUUUUCAAGGGUUGUAUGGGUAUAUAAAUUUUGGCAGAUUGAUUUGAUUAUUAACAUCAGGUUUCUCGCCAUCCACGAAUUUGUCAGUGAUAACGCAGUUAUGCAGUUAGUAAAACUGUUCACACAUC